AUGUCAAUCCAACAACACGUCAAAGCUCAAGACACCGAUCUCAUACUCACUAUGCCCAAAUCCGGCACCACUUGGUUAAAAGCCUUGACUUUCACCAUCACCAAUCAUCAUUACUACCCUGACACGCUUUUCCGACACACUUGUCCAACACCCUUUGCUCAUGACCAAUCCUCACGGGGUGUUGUUGGUUUUGAGCCCUUCUGGGACAAUGUGUUGGGGUAUUGGAAGGAGAGCUUGGAGAGGCCUCACAAGGUGUUACUUUUGAUGUACGAGGACUUGAAAGAAGAUAUUAUCCUUCAGAUGAAGGGAGUAGUGGAGUUUAUUGGAGUUCUAUUUUCUUUUGAGGAAGAGAAAAAAAGUGUGAUAGAAGAAAUAUUGAGAUUGUGCAGAUUUCACAAUCUAAGAGAAUUCGAGGUGAACAAAACUGGUUCUGUUCUAUACUUUGAGAAUAAGACUGAGUUGUUGGGGAACACCUAUGCUGCUCGUAUUCAAAUUCAGUAUGAAGCAGAGAAUCUUCUUGAAGAAUAUGAAGACUUUAAGAACCAAGAUUCAGAGUAUGGAGAAGAUACCACUAUGGGCGAUGCACCUGGGAAAUGA